AUGCGCAUCCGGCCGAUGUUACGCUCGGAUCUGGGCAGUGUCGCAGAUGUGGGCGUCCAGGUCUUUCACAACGACAACUUGUUCCGCUUCAUAUAUCCUGGACUAGACGAGCAUUCUGAAGACUUCAGGCGGAGCUACCUCCUGAGGCUGCGGGAGCGCUUUGCAACGCCUGGAUCUUACAGUAUCUUAGCCGAGACUGAGGAGGGGGAUCAAGAAUGGAGCGGAAAGACCGAAAUUGCUGGAUAUGCAUUUUGGGAACGGGAUGGGGGAGAUGGAUUAUGGGUGGGUGGAAACGACUGGCCAGAGAGCUUGUUAAACCAGCUCGAGUUGUCGCUAUUGCACCUAGAGUCUGAGUUUGAGCACCGGCUCUUCAAUCGCGCUAUCGACCUUGAGCACAAGCGAACGGUUUGGAGAUGCAUGGACUUCAGCUUUGAUCAUGUCCUUCAAGACUCUCCGUAUAUCCAUCUCGCCGUCCUGGCUGUAUCACCUAGUUGCCAACGGCGCGGUAUAGGUGCGAAGCUCAUAAGAUGGGGUCUAGAAAGAGCGCAAAGAGAGCUGCGUGGAGGAGUACCGGUAACUCUAGAGUCGAGCCCAAAGGGCUACGGGCUAUACAGGAAGAUGGGCUUUGUGCAGGUCGCAAGGAUACCGAUUGAGGGGCUGCCGAAAGCUGACGAUGCCAUUGCUAUGGUAUGGGAACCUGAGGGGAAGAAAGGUAGGUGGAUCAAGGCAGGGGAAGAGGAGGCUCAGAAGGGUACGGACAUAUCCGAUGGAGAGGCUGCUAAAGCGACAGAAACGACUGCUGAAAUCGCUUGA